UCUAAUAGCACAUUUUGCUGAAACUGUCUCUUACGGCUGCCAAAAGGGUAAAAUAUUAAUAAGGUCCAUUGAGUGCCCAGCUUUCAAAGCCAAUGCAAGGCGGGACCUUCCUAGUUACAUCUGCUGCCCAGCUAGUUCACUAUGUAAACAUAAUGAGGAAUACGUCCGGGCGGACAAGUGCUCCACCAAGAAGGGCGCUUAUAAAUCUAGAAGAAGAGCCGCAUGGACCAACGUCUGCUGUCCAAAGACCGCGCCAAUACCUCUUGACUGGACCAAAUGCGGCGUGGCACCAACUAAAAUAAGUUACCGAGUGUCGGUUGGCAAGUCCGUUGAGGGGAAUAAAUAUCCUUGGAUGGCCCUGCUACUGUACACUAAUGAAUCUUUUAAGCCUUCAAUCAUCAACACUGACCUUGUGCCGCAAUGUGGAGGGUUCUUGAUCCACCCGCGACACGUCAUCACCGCUGCUCACUGUGUGUGGACUACACCGCAUAAUGGCUGGAAGACAACUCUUAAGAGUGUGCGAUUGGGGGCACAUCGCCCCCAAUAUCUGGAUGUCGAAGUGAAGGAAGCUUUAGUUCAUGACAAGUACCGCGCCACUCGCAGGUAUGAAAACGACAUCAGCCUGUUGCGACUCAAAGAUAAAGUAAGCUAUUCGUUCAACAUCCAACCGAUUUGUGUCCCCAAACAAAAUAUCAACUUAAUGAACUCAAAACUGGAAAUUGCCGGCUGGGGCAUAAUGUCAAAUGGGAGCACCAGCACAGGAUUGUUGUGGAACACUGUUGAACAAAUUCCCCAAAGCACCUGUUUCGCAAAAAGCCCUUAUGAUUUCGUCCAAAAAACCCAAAUUUGUGCCCUUGGUAAGAACGGAAUUGAACCCUGCGAUGGCGAUUCGGGUGGACCUCUAAUGGUGACUCAAGGAAACGAGGGAAGGGUUUAUGCAGCUGGUAUCGUCUCCUAUGGAAAACAAAAAUGUGGACAAGUAGGCGAGCCGACUUAUUUCACAAACACUGCAAUGUUUUAUAAAUGGAUAACGGACAAGAUCAGAGAAAUGGAAAAAAAAAUGCGGGGAAGUAGGCGAGCCAACUUAUUUCACAAACUCUGCAUAUUUUCUUUAUAA